CGGGCUGGCCGGGCCUGGCGCCAGUCCAGCAGGGAGCUAAUGAUCAACCAGUCCAGCCAGGAGUCUGAAGCUGGGCUGCCGCUCAACCUGGCCCCAGACGCAGAGGAAGUGGGCAGGAAGCAGGGGCGGCUGAGCACUCAGCCCUGCUGGAGGCGGCCCCUGCCGGCCCGGGCCAGCUGGAGACAGCCCUGCGGGCCAGUCUGCGCUGCGCACUGAGCUGGGAGUAGCUGUGUGGUGCCGCGUCCUCCUCUGGCCUGGCGGGCCUGGGGGUGUCUCUGGACGGCGGAGUGCAGGAGGGAUGUGGGGCCCCUGGCUCUGAGGCCACCGUGGGACAUGAAGCGCCGCACAGAGCUGACCCCCUCGGAGCCAGCUGCCAUGGGCAGGGGGCCUGGGAGGCCCUCAGGGGGAAGUGGCGGCAGUGACCUGGUGCGGAGUGCAGCCCUGGAUGCACUGAGGGAGACCCAGGAGGUGGCUGGUGCAGAUGUAGCUCCUCCUGGCACAGAGGAGCCAGCUGAGCCCUCUCCUGGGCCGACGGUGCCAUGUCCCACAGACCUGACCCUGCAGCUACAGGCCAUGCGCAGGAAGAGUGGGCAUCCAGACCCCAGCCUGCAGCUGGCCCUGCGUGGCCGCCUGCGCCUGCUGGAGAAUGACGGCCGGGAGGUGGCUCGUGUGCUCGGGGAGCUCUCGGCCAGGCUGCUGUCCAUCCACAGCGACCAGGACCGGAUCCUGGUGACAUUUAAGACCUUUGAGGAAAUUUGGAAGUUCUCCACCUACCACACUCUUGGCUUCACGCACCACUGCCUGGAGGCGCUGCUGGUGGACGCCACCUUCUGGCUGCUGGCACCUGGCGAGGAGGAGGCAGCGGCCAUCCGAGUGCAGGUGGCUGAGGACUCCCUGAGGCUGAUGCAGGAGAGUCUCCUGGUCCAAGAAGGGCCCUUCUUUGUCCGGUGUCCUGAUCACCAUGUGAGAGUGAUGUCUGGUGCCCAGGGUGCAAAGAAGGGGCCUUCACUCCCCAGAUGGGCUUCAGGGGGUGCCCUGGGAGAGGCAACCUCAGCAGCAGGCUCCUCGGGCCCCAGCCCCAGCGCAGCAGCGGAGGAACCCUUGGUCCCGUUCCAUCAAUUGGCUCUGAGGGUCCCAUGGGACCCCACUGAUGACCCCAUGGGUGGACCUGAGGAUCCCGACACCCUGCUGGUGGGCCUCGGCCGGGCCUCUGCCGUGGCUGACUGGCGAAGCUCUGGCCCUGAAGAGCUGUCACUCUGUGCCGGCGACCUCCUGGAGCUUCUCAGCGCCCGGGUGCCUGGCCUGCCCUGGUGUGUGGGCCGGCAUGUGGCCUCAGGCCGCGUGGGCUUUGUGCCCACAAGUGUCAUCUGCCUGCAGGACCCCGCGUCUGACUUGGAGGGCGCUAUUUUCCUGGACGAGGGGGAGCGGUCUUUCUUCAGCAGCGAGGGAUGCUUUUCUGAGGAGGAUGCCUGGAAGCUGCUGGGCAGGACGUCAGGCAGGGACGAGAGCACUGCGUACCGCUUGGAUAGGCUGGAGGAGGCCAUGGGUGAGCAGCUGCCGGGACGAGGUAGGUGCAGGCCUGAGAUUACAGCUCCUCGGUCUGUGGCCUUGGGGGCUGUGUCGAAGGCCACAGUGUUGGGUGCAGUGGACGCCAGGUGCCCUCAUUCCUCUGCCCUGGCCGGGAUUUGGAGCCCAGCUGGAGAGGAAGCCCCUCCAGCAGCUCUCUCUGGAGGGGCCCAGGCCUUUCAAGAGACACUGCCCCCUUGCCCAACCCCAGAGCCUCGAGAGACCCUGCAGAUAGUGAGGGACGUUCUACAGCAGUGCAAGGCCUGCCCGGGUCUCCUCGAGGAGCCAGCGUUCUGGGAGCCCCCAGCAGCACGCAGGAGCUCGCCAGUCCCUGAGGAGGCGCCCUUCUGCCUGGAUGCCAAGGACGGCUGGGCCAACCCCGGGGCCCUAAGCUCCCUGCUGCAGUUCCUGAACGCCCCCGGGUAUGAGGCCAGCUUUCGUGGCCUGUACGAUGCCCCACUGUCCUGGCUGAGCAGCCUGUCCGAUGGCUUUGGUGACGAGGAGGAUCUGGCUGAUCGCCUGGCGCAGGCCCGGGGGGCAGCCAAGAGGGCCGGGCUCAGCAUGGCCCUGGCCAGGCUCUGCUUCCUGCUGGGGCAGCUGUGUGCCCAGAGGCUCAAGCUUUCCCAGGCCCGAGUGUACUUUGAGGAAGCCCUGGGAGCUCUGGGGGGGAGCUUCAGGGACCUCUUCCUGGUGGUGGCCACGUAUGUCCACCUGGCCAGCGUCUACCUGAAGCAGAAGAACAGGGAGAAGUGUGUGCAGGCAGUGCCUAAGGCUGCGGCCCUACUGCUGGGGACACCCAGCCAUGCAGGCAGCACCGAGGCAGAGGCCGAGCUCCUGAGGUUCGCACUGCGCCGGGCCAUUGUUGCCCAGAGCCCACAGGCUGAGGCCCGGGCCUGCUUCCUGCUGGCCCAGCACCACGUCCGUCUCAAGCAACCUGAGGAGACCCUGCCCUACCUGGAGCGGCUGCUGGUUCUGCACAAGGACUCAGGGACUCUGUACGCGGCGUGGCCCGUGGAUUGCUACCUGCUCCUGGCAGACACCUACAGCAGGAAGUGCCUGCCCCACCUGGCACUGAGCUGUGUCAGGGCAGCCUCGCUGGUUACGAGCGGGUCGCUAGCCAGCUCCCUGCGCAGCAUGGACCUAGUCCUCCAGAAUGCCUCCCAGCUGCAGGCCCAGAGCAGGGCCCCCUGCCUGCCCGCACAGAUGGCCUACUACCUCAGACAGGCACUGACCUCUCCAGCUGCAGGCCCUGGGCGGCUGCUGCGUGGUGCCCUCUACGCCAGCCUGGCCCAGCUGCACAGCCACCAUGGACAGCACGGCCAGGCCAUUGCCUUCAUGAUGCAGGCGGCCCAAGCUGAUGCUACAGUUGGGGCCCGCCCUGUCGUGGACCAUUUGGUGGCCCUUGCCUGGCUGCACAUGCUCCAGGGACAGAGUCUCGUGGCCCUGGACAUCCUAGAGUCUGUCCUGGAUGCGGCUGUGGCCAGUGAGGACCAGGACGGGGUGAUGGCCAACAUGGCAGCCAUGGCCCUGAAACGGACGGGAAGGACCCAGCAGGCGGCCAAGGGCUACUACCGCGCGCUGCGCGUGGCCCGGCUCCUAGGCCAGCGGCAGAACCAGGCAGUGGUCCUGGCCAACUUCGGGGCCCUGUGUCUGCAGGGUGGUGCCGGCAGGCUGGCCCAGCACUACUUCCUGGAGGCCAUCGGGGUCUUCUCACAGCUGCCCAGCGGGGAGUGUGGCUGGGACUUCACGCAGGUGCUGCUGUGGACGGGCCAACUGUACACCCGCCGGGGCCUGGUGCAGCAGGGCAAGUGCUAUUACCAGUGGGCAUUUCUGGUUGCCGUGGAGACAGGACAGCUGGAGAGCCAGCUGCAAGCUGUCCAGCAGCUCUGCCACUUCUACAGCAGCAUUGUGCCCGACGAGGCACAGUGUGUCAUCUACCUCGAGUUCCAGCUCACGCUGGCCCGGCGCCUGGCCGACAGAGUGCUGGAGGGGCAGCUCCUGGAAGCCAUCAGCCAGCUCUACCUGUCGCUGGGCACCGAGAGGGCUUACAGAUCCGCUUUGGACUACACAAAGCGGAGCCUGGGGAUAUUCAUCGACCUGCAGAAGAAGGAAAAAGAGGCACAUGCCUGGCUGCAGGCAGGGAAGAUCUACUACAUCCUGCGCCAAAAUGAGCUGGUGGAUCUGUACAUCCAGGUGGCACAGAAUGCAGCCCUGUACACUGGGGACCCUAGCCUGGGGCUGGAGCUGUUUGAGGCGGCCGGAGACAUCUUCUUCAACGGGGCCUGGGAGCGAGAGAAAGCGGUGUCCUUCUACCGGGACCGAGCGCUGCCCCUGGCCAUAACCCUGGGAAACCAGGCAGCAGAGCUGCGGCUGUGUAACAAGCUGGUGGCACUGCUGGCCGUGCUGGAGACACCCCAGGAGGGCCUGGAGUUCGCCCACGAGGCCCUGGAGCUCAGCAUCACCCUGGGUGACCAGCUGAAUGAGCGUGUGGCCUACCACCGGCUGGCCACCCUGCACCACCGGCUGGGCCACGGCGAGCUGGCCGAGCACUUCUACCUCAAGGCGCUGGCACUAUGCCGCUCGCCCCUGGAGUUCGAGGAGGAGACGCUGUACUACGUGAAGGUGUAUCUGGCGUUGGGCGACAUCAUCUUCUAUGAGCUGAAGGACCCCUUUGAUGCAGCCGGCUACUACCAGCUGGCGCUGGCGGCGGCUGUGGACCUGGGCCACAAGAGGGCGCAGCUGAAGAUCUACACGCGGCUGGCCACUAUCUACCACCAUUUCCUGGUGGACCGAGAGAUGUCCCUUUUCUUUUACCAGAAGGCCAGGACCUUUGCCUUCGAACUCAACGGCCGCAGGACUGACCUGGCCCCGCGGCGCUUCUGGGCCCGCGCCCCCUGGCUGGCCCCGGGUGCCCACCCUGAGGGCUGAGGGCCAUGCGGUCCAUUCGCCGCUUCUGAGCUGCUGGGAAGGGGAGGAGGAGGGCAAAGCACAAUAAAUGCUUCCAGUGACUCGA